AUGGUACACGUACUGAUCUCUGCGGCGACAUUUGCGUUCGCUUACACUGUGGGCGCCGACAUGCACCUCAUGCAGAUGUCAGUGCAUGGGCCGGGCGGUUUAGAGGCGGCAACGUUACGGACUGAUUUCACGGGCGUGUCUACAGUGACCUCCAUGGUGCCCCACGUGAACGCCAGCCAGCAGAAAGGAGGACGACAAGUCGAGGCGGCUGACCACAUGGUGAGAGAGGCCUCUUGGAGUCAGGUGGGGCAGGACAUCGAUGGCGAAGCCGGAGGCGAUUAUAGUGGCAGGUCGGUGACGUUGAGCAGCGACGGCAGCCGCGUGGCCAUUGGAGCAGACGGCAACGACGCUGCGGGGUCAAAUUCUGGUCACGUUCUGGCUGGUCGGUGUCGCUGA